AUGUCGUACCACAACCAAAACCACCCAGAACCGGGCCUGAGGAAGGAUGACGAGCUGUCCGUGACAGGCAGGUAUGUCGGCGCCGGCGAGAGCCGGGCGUAUGCGACAGGGCCGGGGGCCGAGGAGACGGGCGACUUCCGCGCCAUCGACCCGCACAGCGGCGUCAAGCGCGGCCUCAAGACUCGCCACUUGUCCAUGAUGGCUCUGGCCGGCAUCAUCGGGCCCGGCCUGCUCGUCGGGUCGGGCGGCGCGCUCAGCUCGGGCGGCCCCGCGUCGCUCAUCAUCGGCUUCGGCGUCAUCGGCAUCCUGGCCUUCUCCAUCAUGCAGAGUCUCGGCGAGCUCACGACGCUCUACCCCAGCGGCGGCGCCUUCACCGACCUCGGCGACCGCUUCGUCGACAAGGCCUUUGGCGUCGCCGUCGGCUGGAACUACUACAUCAUCUGGGUUGCCGUCCUGGCCAACGAGUACAACGUCACCUCCAGCGUUUUGGUCUUCUGGAGCGACAAGCUGCCCCUGUAUGGCUACUUUUUGAUCUUUUGGUUUAUAUUCUUGGGCUUCCAACUCCUCGGAGUUGAGGCGUUUGGCGAAGCCGAGUUCUGGUUGGCGCUCCUGAAGCUCGUCGGCCUGAUUGCCUACUUCCUCUUUAGCAUCGUUUAUGCUGCAGGCGGCGUCAAGGGUGCGCAGGCCAUUGGCUUCAGCUACUGGAACGACCCCGGGGCCUUUGUUGACGGCUUCAAGGGUGUGGCAUCCGUCUUUGUCUUUUGCAGCACCUUCUACGCCGGUUGUGAGUCCGUGGCCGUGGCCGCUACCGAGACCAAGAACCCCGGUGUGGCAGUGCCCAAGGCCAUCCGCCAGGUCUUUGUCCGCAUCAUCGUCGUCUACAUGGGCAGCGCCUUCUUUUUCGGCCUGACGUGCCCUGCCAACGCGACAGGCCUUGUGGGCGGGGCAAGCCGUGCGCUUCGCAGCCCUAUGACGGUCGCCCUGCAAAAUGCAGGCUGGGAGAAUGGCGUGCAUCUGAUCAACGCCUUCAUCUUUGUAACAUGCCUGAGCGCUGUAAAUAGCUCCAUCUACAUUGGCAGCCGCACGCUCUUGUUCAUGGCCCAGUCCCGGAAGGCGCCCAAGUUCCUUGGUUGGACCGACCGACGCGGAGUACCCAUCCCCGCUAUCGUCCUGACCAACCUCUGCGGCGCCCUCAGCAUGAUGAACGUGAGCACCGGCGCUAGCAAGGCAUACAGCUACAUUGUCAACUUGAGCGGCGUCUCCACAUUCCUCGUAUGGGGAUCCAUCAGUUUCAUCCACAUUAGAUUCCGAGCUAGCUGGAAGGCUCAAGGCCAUAGCGCCGAGGAGCUACCCUUCAAGUCGUUGUGGUAUCCCUGGAACGCAUAUUUUGGCCUGGGUGCCAACAUCUUCCUGGCCCUCAUUCAGGGGUGGUCGACCUUCGCCCCCUUCGUGGCCGGCGACUUUGUAGACGCCUAUAUCCUGCUUCCGCUUUUCCCGGUCAUCUACUUUGGCUACAAACUGAUAAACAAGACGAAGUUUUGGAAGGUGCAGGAGAUGGACCUCCAGUCCGGCCGCCGAAGGGAUCUCGAGGAGGCAAAGGAGGUUUCGGCGUCACAGGCUAACCUCCCGUGGUAUGUCAAGGUUUGGCGUAGUAUUUAG